AUGGUGGUUCGAACAAACUUGAUCGAUAUGAUUGAAGUGACCAGAUCCGUUCAUUACGAAAAUUUCCGACUUCGUCAAAUGGACAAGUUACCGAAACAUGCAUUGGAUAAAGAUCCCUUUACACAGAUGGAAGAAGAUCGCAGGAAGAAAGAAAACGAGUUGGCGGAGAAGAAGAGAAGUUUUGAAAAGCUGGACAUUCGUGAGCGCGAUUUGAAACAAGAGAUUGACUUACGAAAGGCUGAGUUGGAAAGGCUGAAGCAGGAGAUCGACGAUCUUCGUCGAGGAAGUAUUGGUGAUUCGAAGACUUCACUUUCCAUGACCAAUGAAAAUUCCGGUAAAAGCUCGCCGACUGACAAGAUCAAGAAGAAGAGCUCAACUUUGGGGCUUUUCAACAGGAAUUGA